AAGUUUCAGGUUGGUUUUUCCAGACUGUAUUAGAGAAAGUACAUAUUUUUUUUAAACCCUCCGAGGCGCCAUGCGGGACCGGUCGCUGCCCGCCUCCCCGAACUGGUACUGCUCCCGCUGCAGCGAUGUGAGCCGCGGCGGGCUGCUGGGAGUCGGAACCAAGAACAUCAUCAGCCUGAUUGACGUGUCUGCAUCCAGCUGCAGGGUCUCAGGUGAGCUUGUGGGCCACAGAGACUUGGUGUCGGGCUUUUCUUUCUGCCACCAUGAAGCUCAGAGUCACAUCUGUGUCAGCUCCUCCACCGACGGCAGCGUUCGCUUCUGGGACUCGGACAAGAGGACGCUGAUCCGAGAACACGAGUCUCAUCAGAACCCGGUGUCGGCAGUGCACUGGUCGCCUGUGGAUAAAAACCUGGUGGUGUCGGGGGAUGAGAAAGGCAUCGUGGUCUGUCACUGGUUCAACACGGGAGACACCAGCAGCUUCUUCCCCGAGCCGAGGACCAUCUUCUGCCUCAGCUGCUCCCCGCACACCUGGAGCUCCGUGGCAGUCGGGUACAAAGACGGGAUGAUCGUGCUGAUCGACGUCAGUAAGAAAGGCGAAGUGAUGCAUCGUCUCCGCGGACACGACGACGAGAUCCACUCGCUGGCCUGGUCACCAGUGGGACGCGAGGACGCUUUGUACAGCCGGUCUGAGGACGGGGAAGCUACCAACGGGGUGUCUGCAGCGGAGGAGAGCGGCGGCUACCUGGCUUCUGGGAGCAAAGACCAAACUGUGAGGAUCUGGAGCACAGCGAGGGGAAAAGGUGUUACGACGUUAAAGCUGCCUUAUCUGAAGAAACGAGGCUCUGCGGUCGACCCCGGCGUCAAGGAGAGACUCUGGCUUCACGUCCACUGGCCGAAGGGACGGCCGACGCAACUGGUGUCGAGCUGCUUCAGCGGUGAGUUGAUGAUGUGGGACUUGACCAAAGCUGGGAAGCAGAGGUGGACUCUGUUGGGAACGUCCUCAGAGGGUCAGAACCACAGCAGGAUCGUCUUCAACGUGAGCUCACUGCAGCUGCCGGAAGGCAAAGAGCUGCUCUUCAGCACCUCCAUGGACAGAGAGAUCAAAUGCUGGGACUUGGCCUCUCUGGACUGCUGCUGGACUCUGCCCACCCUCGGCGGCUUCGUCUACGCCCUGAGCUUCUCCCCCGUGGGCUCCGGGUGUCUGGCGCUGGGCGUCGGCGACAACAUGAUCCGGGUUUGGAACACGCUGACCACCCAGAACCAGUACGACACCCGGGCCUUCUGGCAGGGCAUCAAGUCGAAGGUCACGGCGUUGGCCUGGCACCCGAAAAAAGAAGGAUCCUUGUCUUUCGGAACAGACGACGGUAAAGUUGGAAUCUACGACGUCUUCUCAAACAAGCCUCCUCAGAUAUCGAGCUCCUAUCACCGAAAAACAGUGUACACGUUGGCCUGGGGACCCCCAGUCCCCCCGAUGUCAUUUGGCGCGGCGGGAGGAAAGCCGACGUACAGCCUUUACAGCUGCGCCGGCGAAGGAGUGAUUCUGCAGCACGAUCCGUCCAAACUGAGUGGAGACGCGUCGGACAUCGACCGGCUCAUCAGAGACACCAACAACAUCAAGCACAAGCUGUCUCCACACACCGACCUCAGCUGGAAGCCAGAUGGGAAAGUUGUCGCCAUCGGCAACGAGGACGGGUGCAUCGACGUGUAUCAGGCUCCCAGUCUGAAGCUUCUUUGCAGCAUCCAGCAGCACCACAAGAUCAUCAACACGCUACGGUGGCAUCACGAGCACAGUUCCCCUCCGGAGCUGCACGGCCUGCUGGCGUCGGGCUCCAGCAACGCCACCGUCUUCGUGCACGAUCUCCACUCCGUGAUAGAGAAUCCUCCAGAUAGCCCCGUGGUUCUGACCGAACCGUACCGCCGCCUGUCCGGACACACGGCUAAAAUCACCAACAUGGCCUGGAGCCCUCACCACAGCGCCCGGCUGGUCACCGUCUCCUACGACGGCACCGCUCAGGUGUGGGACGUGUUGGAAGAGGCGGCCGUCUCCAACUACCGCGGCCACGUCGGCUACCUGCUGAGUGUCGACUGGUCGCCAGUGGACCCGGACGUGGUCUGGACCGGAGGGAAGGACUUCACCGUGCAGGAAUGGAGCGUCUCCAAGCAGGAGUUCACCAAGCCGCCAAAAGGGAAGAAGAUGGUGGAUCUGAAGGAGAAGAUGAAAGCCAACCCCAAGCAGAAGAGGAAGAACAAGAAGGCGAGCGGAGGAGCAGCGCCGGCGGACGUGAACGGAGAGACGGUUCUGGGAGGAGAGAAGGUGGCGGGGCCGGGUCAGGAUCUGUCCGCUGAGGAUGAGGAGGAUGAAGUCAGCUCCACCAACAGCCCGGUACCUGCUGCAGCCACUUUUGAGAUGCAAAGAAAAUCAUCUGCUGCUGUAAAGAGUAAAGACAAACCAGACGUGACCUUGCUGAAGAAGAAGAAGCCUCGCUCCAUGCUGCCGCUCAGCACGUCCAUGGACCACCGGCCCAAAGAGGAGCUGCUGCAGGACUGCAUCACUCUGGCUUCUGUCAGGCACGGCGACGCUCCUGCCGGCUGCGUCCCAGGUCAGGGAGACCACGUCCACCUGGGCCUGUUCGCCGACAGAGCGGCUCUGCAGCGCAUGUUCCAGGCAGAAGAGGACGGCCACGUGGAGGCCGGUCACUUCGACUCCGUCGUGUACCUGCGGCUGUGGAGCGGCGACCUGGAGGGGGCGCUGCAGCUUGCCACCGAGAAAGGAGAGCUCAGUGAUCACCUGCUGUCCGUGGCUCCCAUGGCCGGGUUCCAGGUUUGGAGGCGGACGGUCGAGGCCUUCGUCAAGCAGCUGUGUCUGCAGGAGCAGUACCUGAAGGCAGCGUCCCACCUGCUGUCCAUCAACAAGCUGUACGAGGCCGUCGACCUGCUGCGCUCUCACAGACUCUACAGGGAGGCCAUCGCUCUGGUCAAAGCCCGGCUGCCGGCAGACGAGCCCGUCCUGAAGGAGCUGUACACCUGCUGGGCUGCCGUGCUGGAGAAGGACGGACAUUUCUCUGCAGCUGCUAAAUGUUACCUGGCGGCGGGCGCCAGCUUCGAUGCAGCCAAAGUCAUCUCCAGGAAGAACGACGUCCCGUCCCUGAGCGCGGCGGCCGGUCUCGCGAGGAUCUCUGGAGAGGCCGAUCUGGCUCAAUCGCUGGCGCUGCGAUGCGCUAAAGACCUGGCAGCCGCUCAGGACUGGGUCGGAGCUCAGCAGGUUCUGAGCUCACAGGACAGCCUGCUGGUCCACAGGCUGCACCUCUGCGUCGCCGAGAUGCUGACGUCGGCGCUGGUCGACUCCGAUGAGGUCGUCUCUCCGGCGUCCUCGACUCAUUCGUGGGCGUCAGCGGGCGAACGUGGUGUCGGCAUCCUGACCCGAGUCAGGGACGUGUGGAGGCAGCAGUUCGGCGACUCGCAAAACUUGGCGGGACGUGGCGGCUUCGGAGCGCUUCUGCAGGAGCUGAAGUCCAUCGAGAGCCCAACGCCGUCCGCCAACAUUCCCCUCAGACAGAUCCUGCUGUGUUCGUCCCUCCACUUGGCCCGAGCCGUGCUCAGCUGGCUGCUGGACGACGACGAGCAGCUGAUGAAGGAGCUCUGGCAGACGCUGGUUUGGCUGAAAGACGCCGAACGCUUCAGCGUCUCCGCGCGACUCUGCAGGCUGCUGUUUCCUGACGGUGACUUCAGUGUUUGUUCCAGGAAUCCUUCCCAAAGGCUUCAUCUCUCAGAAGAAGCCAAAGCUGCUGCCGGCAGCCUGCAGGCUUUAGUCUCCUACCACCGUCUGUACGAGUUCUGGUGGAACUCAGCAGGCGGCCACAACACCCACAAUGGACUUUCCCGUCCUGAAGACGAGCUGAAGGACAGCGUGGAGGACGGAGGUCCAUCGGAGGGAGCAGAGAAGCUCCAUCCGGCCACUGGGAGGUUCGAUGAACCGGAAUUUGACCCAUCGCUGCUUCUGUCGGAGCCUCACGCUGCCUGCCAGGCCUCGCAGAGAGCCAUGAAGGAGAUCCAGGAGCGUCUGGGCGCCAUGGUGCUGCAGCACAGCCGGGCUCAGGGAGGGCGGCCGGACGACGGGGAGGUGCCGGACAUCCAGAGCUCUGCUGAGGGCGUCCAACGUUCUGAUGACCAGGAGACUCUGCUGUCUUUGUCCACCAAGAUGUCCGGCUACCAGAAGGAGCUGGCCGAGCUGCCCGACACGAUCACGAUGUAUCCUCACCCAGACGUGGUGGAGUGCUGCCUGGUUCUGCUGCAUCUCGGCAGGUCUUCACCGUCUCUGUCCGACUCCCUCCAACGAGAGGCCAAAGAUCUGCUCCGGAAGUACGGGACGAGUCCGUCUGUCCUGAAAGCCUCCCAGAGAUUCCUGGCCUGACCGAUUUGCCCACAAACUGAAAGAAGCACUUGACCUGUACAGACGUUUGUUGAAUAAAAUGAACCUUUUGACUACAAAGUGUGACGGAA